CUGCGUGUAAGCAAGGUGCCUCUUUCAAAUUCACUUCUCCUCUUCUCACCUAAUCAACCUUCUCUCUCCCCCUCUCGUCAAAAACCAGACCUUGCUAGAACAACAACAACCCGUUCAUUUCUCUUCUGAGUUCUCCACACGAACACAACACACACAGAGAAAGAGAAUCAGAGAGAGAGAUGGUGAACAGUUUAUACGACGAACUACUGCAAGAAAUCUUGCAGAAACUCCCCUCAUCCUCCUCCUCCUCUGUCUCCCUCGUCUGCAAGCGCUGGCUCCGCCUCCACCGUUCCUCCACAACCUCCCUCUCUCUCCGCCUCACCACCCCUCAUUUCUCUCUCAUCCCUUCUCUCUCCUCCUUUCUCUCCCACCACCCUUUUCUCUCUUCCCUCUCUCUCUCCCUCUCCCCACCCCUCUCUCUCUCCCCACACCUCCUCUCUCUCAUCACUCCCUUUUCCAACCUCCUCGCUCUCUCUCUCUCGCCAGCACCCGUCUCUCUCUCCUCCCUCCUCUCUCUCUCCGCCUCCUGCCCCCGCCUCAAUUCCCUCCUCAUCACCCUCCCCAGGCCCCUUUUUCUCAACUGGGUCACGUCCUUCCCCUGCCUCAAGGAAUUGUCAAUUACUUUCUCUUCCGACGAAGAAGAACGGGUCAAUAGCGACGAUGACGAAGAAAGUGAUGAUUUUGAUUCUGAUUCUGGUUUUGAAUUGGGGUUGGAGAGUCUUUGUUUGGUGGGGAUUCGCGGCGACGAUUGGGGGGUGGGUUGGUUGUGGAGAAGAUGUAAAAAUCUUAGGAAGCUAAGGCUUCAGAGUUGCCAGGGGAUUGGAGGGUCUUAUUCGUCUUUUGUCAAGUGCUUGCAGGGUCUUGAGGAAAUUGAGCUAAGAACUUGCAGGAGUGUGGUUUAUGCUGUUCUAUUAGAGCUUGUGGAGCAUUGUGGCUCCUUGAGUUCCCUCUUGGUUCAUGAUGGUGGCAGCAGAGAGGGGCUGCUGCAGUUCUUUACUGGGUGCAGGUGUAAUGUUCGCAAAAUCGAUCUUCGUUUGCCUCUGGACCUCAACAACGACCAUCUCUUGGCGGUGGCAAAGAAUUUCGAUGGGCUCACGAGCAUAAGGCUUCAGAGCUGCUGCCUCGUUAGUGGGGAGGGCCUGAAGGCCCUCGCGGUGGCGAUGAAAGGGCUGGAAGAAUUGGCGCUUGUUAAUUGUGACGUGGUUGAGAGGGAACCUGGAUUGCUUGCCACAUUGGGGCAGCAUUUGAGGAAAUUGAGGAAACUCGACUUGUCGCACAACGAAAUGUUGUGUGACAAGGAGCUCGUUUCGAUGACGGUUUCGUGCGUUCAUUUGAUUGACUUGAGGGUGAGAGGGUGCAAGAGGCUCACCAGUGUUGCCAUGGCUUCCAUGCUCAGGAGCUGCAAGCAGCUUCGGAAUGUGGAUGUUGUGAACUGUUUUGGGAUUGACUCUGAAGCUGUUGAGUUGUUUCUUAAGAAUUGUUCUCGUUUGAGGAGAAUGGAGGUUGAGGGGAGCAAGCUCUCCGAUGCUGCGAAGAUGUGGGCCUCGAGUAAGUUUAUUGAAGUUGUUGUGUAAUUGGCAUGGAAGGUGGAAGAAACAAGUGUAUAUUUUCUCUCAAUUUUUUAAUAAACAGGUAUACUUCACAGUUCACACACCUGAUUGAUGUAUUUAUGUAUUCAUGCUUCUGUAAUUUAUGCUUGGAAAUGCUAUCAAUAUAUGUGAAUAAGGCUUCUAAUUAAUCUCAUUUUGUGGGAUCAAUCAAAUAAAGCACUAUUUAUAUUGAUCUACGAAAUUGGUGCAAGCUGAAAGAAGCAAAGCAAAAGUGUUUAAGUGUA